AUGACCACCAGCUCUUCCUCCUCCCGGCCGUCUGCCAGUUUCUCCUUCUCUGGUCCUUCUGCUGCCUUCACCUCCUCCGUCCCCUGCACUGGCUUCACCUUAUCCGUCCCCUGUGUUGCCUUCUCCUUCUCCGUCCCCUGUGUUGCCUUCUCCUUCUCCGUCCACUGCACUGUCUUCUCCUUCUCCGUCCCCUGCGCUGCCUUCUCCUUCUCCGUCCCCUGUGCUGCCUUCACCUUCUCCGUCCCCUGUGUUGCCUUCUCCUUCUCCGUCCCCUGCGCUGUCUUCACCUUCUCCGUCCCCUGUGCUGCCUUCACCUUCUCCGUCCCCUGUGUUGCCUUCUCCUUCUCCGUCCCCUGUGCUGCCUUCUCCUUCUCCGUCCCCUGCACUGUCUUCUCCUUCUCCUUCCCCUGCGCUGCCUUCUCCUUCUCCGUCCCCUGUGUUGCCUUCUCCUUCUCCGUCCCCUGUGUUGCCUUCACCUUCUCCGUCCCCUGUGUUGCCUUCUCCUUCUCCGUCCCCUGCGCUGGCUUCACCUUCUCCGUCCCCUGCGCUGCCUUCACCUUCUCCGUCCCCUGUGCUGCCUUCUCCUUCUCUGUCCCCUGCGCUGCCUUCUCCUUCUCCGUCCCCUGUGCUGCCUUCUCCUUCUCCGUCCCCUGUGCUGCCUUCUCCUUCUCCGUCCCCUGUGCUGCCUUCACCUUCUCCGUCCCCUGCGCUGCCUUCACCUUCUCCGCCCCCUGCGCUGGCUUCACCUUCUCCGUCCCCUGUGUUGCCUUCUCCUUCUCCGUCCCCUGCGCUGGCUUCACCUUCUCCGUCCCCUGCACUGUCUUCACCUUCUCCGUCCCCUGCGCUGCCUUCACCUUCUCCGUCCCCUGCGCUGCCUUCUCCUUCUCCGUCCCCUGCGCUGCCUUCUCCUUCUCCGUCCCCUGUGCUGCCUUCUCCUUCUCCGUCCCCUGCGCUGCCUUCUCCUUCUCCGUCCCCUGUGCUGCCUUCACCUUCUCCGUCCCCUGUGCUGCCUUCUCCUUCUCCGUCCCCUGUGCUGCCUUCUCCUUCUCCGUCCCCUGUGCUGCCUUCUCCUUCUCCGUCCCCUGCGCUGGCUUCACCUUCUCCGUCCCCUGUGCUGCCUUCACCUUCUCCGCCCCCUGCGCUGCCUUCACCUUCUCCGUCCCCUGCGCUGCCUUCACCUUCUCCGCCCCCUGCGCUGGCUUCACCUUCUCCGUCCCCUGCUCUCUGUCCCCUGUGCUGCCUUCUCCUUCUCUGUCCCCUGCGCUGCCUUCUCCUUCUCCGUCCCCUGCGCUGCCUUCUCCUUCUCCGUCCCCUGCGCUGGCUUCUCCUUCUCCGUCCCCUGUGCUGCCUUCUCCUUCUCCGUCCCCUGUGCUGCCUUCUCCUUCUUCGUCCCCUGUGCUGCCUUCUCCUUCUUCGUCCCCUGCGUUGCCUUCUCCUUCUCCGUCCCCUGCGCUGCCUUCUCCUUCUCCGUCCCCUGCGCUGCCUUCUCCUUCUCCGUCCCCUGCGCUGCCUUCUCCUUCUCCGUCCCCUGCGCUGCCUUCUCCUUCUCCGUCCCCUGUGCUGCCUUCUCCUUCUCCGUCCCCUGCGCUGGCUUCACCUUCUCCGUCCCCUGUGCUGCCUUCUCCUUCUUCGUCCCCUGUGCUGCCUUCUCCUUCUUCGUCCCCUGUGCUGCCUUCUCCUUCUUCGUCCCCUGUGUUGCCUUCUCCUUCUCCGUCCCCUGCGCUG